AUGGCUCCCGCUGGCUCUACUACCAACGGUCGCUCCAAUCGCGCCAGCACCUCUAAGAUCACCCCCAACUCCUUAGUGGUGACUUUGAAACUGUCUCCAGAGGCUCUCCAGCAAGUUCUAGGAGAGACCUUCGACAGCCACUCCCCCAAAGCCAACCUUCUCAAGGGCGAACGCUCCUCACCGGCCUCCUCCGAAGCCCCUGCUGUCCGUCCCUCAUCUGCCGGCAAUGGAUCUGAUGCCGACGCAGCUUCAACACCCGCCGGAGAAACUCCAGGGGACACCCCGCGCCGGAAGGGAGUCCCAGGUCCUAAGCCGGGCAACAAACGGACAAAUGGACAGGCCGAUGCCGCGUCGCGUUCACGAGGCAGACCAGGACCGAAAAAGAAACCCCGAGUUGAGGAAGGCGGCGACGCUAGCAAACCGGCAGCCAACCACCGUAUCGGACCGAAGGCCAACACCGGCGCCAUCAAUGCUGGCCUACGUGCUCUCGACCGUACCGGCGCUCCAUGUCGCAAAUGGGACCGACAGCCGUUGAAACUACGCAGUUUCACCGGAGUUGCCUGGCAGCUGCCUGCCUGGCAUACCUUCAGAUCAUCACACAUGGACUCCGACUCGAACAAGGAUGGUAUUCUCGAGAGCGGAGACAGUGACUCCAAACCCUCCUUAGCCGUCCCAGGCCCUGAUACCCUCAAUGGUAGCAGUGCGGUACCAAGUGAAAAGAGUGCUGGUGACGAUGUCACUCCUGCUCCGUCCAAUCUGGUUGAGCCCUCGUCGCCGGCGAUUGCCAUGACCGCAUGA